AUGGCGGCAAAAGGUGCGGAGGCAGGAAAGGUAGGAAGAGUGACAAAACUGAGGAAAGAGAAAGAAGAGAAGCAAAGACAAUUAAAGUUUCCGAUAGGAGGAAAGGAGGCGAGUAAGACGGAGAAGAAAAAGGUGACAAUUACAGAGAUGGAGACAAGAAGGAGUCGAGGGGAGGAAGGUGAAAUGGAAAGUGUAGAGAAGAUAAGGUCGGAAUUAGAUUUAGAAAAGAAGAGAUUCAAAGAAUUCAUGGAAGAAUGGAAAAAGAAAGAGCAAAUAUGGGAAAUCAGGAUAAGGAUAUUGAAAGAAAAGAUGGAAGAAGUAGGCAAAGUAGCUAAAGAAAUGAAAGAAAAAGAUGAAGAGAGAAAGGGAUACUGGCUAGCGGAGAAAGAGGAAAUGUGCGGGAAAAGUGUAGCAAGUGCAGCGAGUGCAACUAAAUUAGGGCUGGAUUGCAAUGUGGAAUAUGGCAGAGUAAGCAACAAGGUAAUAGUAAUUAGAUUAAGCAGUGAAAAGGAAAAGAGAGCGGUGAUGGAAAACAAAAACAAGCUGAAAGGAGAGAAGAUAUUUAUCCAGAACGACUUGUCAUGGAAGGAAAGAAAAACUCAGGAGGAAAUUCACAGAUGGGUAAAAGAAAAAAGAGAAAAAGGAGAAGAGGUGAAAAUAGGAACAGAAAAAGUGAAGAUUAAAGAAAAUUGGAGACAAUGGAGAGAUAUACAGAGAGAAAUGGAGGCAGGAAAACGGAGAGAGGAAGAAGACAAGGAAUUGGAAGAUAAGGAGGAUUAA